UCGUAACUUAAUUUGUAAAAUAAACUUUAUUGAUUAGAUAGUAUAAAGUUUGACCUUUCCGGUAUUCUUUAUUGAAUUCCUUUUAUUUAAUUUUUUUUCCCUGCUACCUACUAUUGUUAUUUGCUAGUUUUAAGAGAAGAGAAGAAAAGAGAGUGAUCUAUACCAGAGCAAAAUGACUAUUCAAAGUAAAAUACCAGUAUGGUUAGAUUGUGAUCCUGGAAAUGAUGAUGUUUUUGCUAUAAUAUUAGCCCUUUUCCAUCCUAGUUUCAAACUCAUAGGUAUAUCAACAGUUCAUGGAAAUGCUCCAUUAUCCAUGACUACUCAUAAUACUCUAGCAUUAUUGGAUAUUGUUAAUGUUCAUAAUAUAAAAGUAUAUGAAGGAUCUCAGAUACCAUUAGUAAAUCCUCCAAAAUUUGCAGCCGAAAUGCAUGGACAUACAGGUAUAGGAGGUGCCACUUUUCCACAAGUAACUUACAAUCAAAUUUGUCAAGACAUGUCAUAUCUAGAAGCCAUGAAACAAGCUAUUAUAAAAUAUGAAGGAAAUAUUUGUUUAAUUUGUACUGGAACAUUAACCAAUGUUUCUAAAUUAAUAACUGCAUAUCCAGAAAUUAAAUCCAAAAUCAAAUAUGUUUCUAUAAUGGGAGGAGGAAUAAAAUUAGGAAAUGUAACCGAAUUUGCAGAAUUUAAUUUCCACACAGAUCCACAUGCUGCUAAUCAUGUUAUACAAGAACUAAGUUCUAAAAUCAUCUUAUCACCAUUGAACUUAACUCAUCAAGUCAUUGCCACUAAACAAAUAAGGAAAAGAAUAUAUAAUGCAAGAGAAAGGACAAGAAACUCUUCAUUCAGGGAAAUCUUCUUUGGGAUCUUAACAUUUUAUAGUGAAGCAUACGCCAGGAAAUAUGGAAUUAUAGAUGGACCACCAAUUCAUGAUCCUGUUGCUGUUUAUAGCUUAUUACCAUUCAAUGAUGAAAAUGGAGAAUAUGGUUAUAAAUAUUUGAGGAGGAAAAUUAAAGUGGAAACUGAGGGAGAUAAUGAAGGUGAAAGUAUAAUAGAAAACGAUAGUGACGACAAAGAAGGUGUAUUCAUUGGUCAAAAACUUGAUGUUGAUAAAUUCUGGAAUGAAAUGUUAGAUGCUUUAGAUGUAGCUGAAAAGCAUAGUAAAUUACCUUCCAAACGUUUAUAUUGAUAUUCUAGAUUAUCUCUAUAUAUAGAAUU